UUAUUUAGCUGUACGUCUUUGUGACAGCGUAUUCAAUAUCAUUCAAGCCAGUAUAGAUGUAACACGCAUGACAAGUAUGAAUUGUUAUCAUUAUUAAGUGCAUUAUUACAAGCAGAAUUGUUAAUUACAUCUAUCGGGAUUCAGUGAAAAUAACUUGCGAUAAUCAAUUGACAACUGCAGAAUAAUGGCAUUAUUCGAAAUACUCUGCGGCGUUGUCGCAGUAGUACUAGCUUUCUAUUAUUAUCUUACAUCGAACUUUGAUUUCUGGAAAUCACGUGGUAUUCGCGGUCCACAACCGAUACCAAUAUUCGGUAACGUCAAAGAUGUCAUGCUUGCGAAAAAGUUUAUAGGUGAUUAUACGUUGGAACUAUACAAUAAUUACAAAGAUGAAUCCAUGAUUGGGAUAUUUACUAGGGGGAAGCCCAUCCUUGUUUUAAAAGAUCUAGAUUUAAUUAAGGAUGUCCUUAUAAAAGAUUUUUCUAAUUUCACUGAAAGGGACUUCGCAAACAUUCACGAAAAGGCCGAACCGCUGUCGCAACAUCUUGUUGCUUUGGAGACUAAAAGGUGGCGACUUUUAAGGGCGAAGCUGUCGCCUGUUUUCACGUCCGGUAAAUUAAAAGAAAUGGUCUCUUUAAUAUCAGAGUGCGCCGAUAAGUUGGACGGAUAUAUAGAGAAACUAGCGAGCAAAAGCGACUCUAUUGAAUGCCGCGAGCUGACAGCCAAGUAUACGACUGAUGUUAUCGGUACCUGCGCUUUCGGUAUCGAAAUGAACGCUCUGUCGGACGAAGAUAGCGAAUUUCGCAAGAUGGGAAGAGAGAUAUUCACUCCGAGAUGGUAUAAAUCGGUAAAGAACAUAUUGAGAGAAGCCACGCCGUGGCUUUACAAUACUCUUGGUUACAUUUUACCGCAAACAAAAGCCACCAAAUUCUUUAUACGCCUCACAAUGGACAAUAUAAACUAUAGAGAAAAGAAUAAUAUUUUCAGGCACGACUUCAUUGAUACGCUACGCGAAUUAAAGAAACACCCAGAAACAGUGGGAAAUAUUGAAUUGACUGAUGGUUUGUUAGCUUCUCAAGCAUUCGUAUUCUUUCUUGCCGGCUUUGAAACUUCAUCGACGACUAUGAGCAACGCACUCUACGAGUUGGCAUUGAAUUUUCAAAUACAAGACAAACUACGUGAGGAAAUUAAUCAGCAAUAUGCAAAACAUGGUAACAAUUUGAUAUAUGAAAACAUAAAAGAUAUGACUUACUUGGACAAAAUUUUUAAAGAGACCUUACGAAAGUAUCCGCCGGCAACACUUCUCAGGAGAAAAUCGACAUCGAAUUAUACUUUUAAAGAUACUAAAUUGAGUAUUUCAAAAGACCAAGUGCUAUUCAUUCCGAUUUAUGCAAUUCAACGAGAUCCGAGUAUUUAUCCAGAACCAGAGGUUUUCGAUCCUGAGAGAUUUAGCGAGGAAGUUGUGAAAACUAGACACCCAAUGUCUUAUUUCCCUUUCGGCGACGGUCCGAGGAAUUGCAUUGGGGCACGCUUCGCGAUAUACCAAACUAAAAUUGGACUUAUCAAAAUAUUACGAAAGUACAAAGUUGAGACUUGCGAAAAAACACCAAUACCUUAUAUAAACAAUCCUAAAGCGUUUCUAUUAGCACCAACAGGUGGAAUGCACUUGAGAUUAACUAAAAUCGAUCAAGAUUAGUUUAAGAUCUUCAAUAAUAUACUCGAGAAUUACAUGAUAUCUAAAAUCUUCUCAACAACUUCAAAUCGUUAAAAUACUAUUUUUAUUUAUUAAGUGUAAAUAAGAUUAGGAUAAUCAUGUAUCACAUGAUAAUAAAUAAUAAUGUAUUGUAUAAAAAAGUGA